GCUCCUCUAGCCGCCCUGCGCCGCCGGCGUGUCGCUGGUGUAGCGCUGUUGGAGCUUCCGGGAGGAGAAUUGGGGGCACAGCAUCUCCUGGACCCUGUGCCCGGGCAGAGGGGCACACACCCUGCCCCCCCGGGGAUACGUCUCCUGGCAGAAUUGAGAUCUUAAAGAACAGUCACAGCCAUGGACGCAUCUACCCAGGGGAAUGGAGGCGUAGUGUCUGACGUUGUCUUUGUUAUAGAAGGAACAGCGAAUUUGGGACCUUACUUUGAGUCUUUGAGGAAACAUUAUCUCCUUCCUGCAAUAGAGUAUUUUAAUGGUGGCCCUCCAGCAGAAACAGACUUUGGAGGAGACUAUGGCGGCACUCAGUAUAGUCUUGUGGUCUUCAACACUGUGGACUGCGCUCCAGAGUCCUAUGUCCAGUGUCACGCUCCCACCAGCAGCGCUUAUGAGUUUGUUCAGUGGCUGGACAGUAUUAUGUUUAUGGGAGGUGGCGGUGAAAGCUGUAGCCUCAUCGCUGAAGGACUUAGCACUGCCCUUCAACUCUUUGAUGACUUCAAGAAGAUGAGGGAACAGAUCGGCCAGACUCACAAGGUUUGCAUCCUGAUCUGCAAUUCUCCACCAUACUUGCUUCCAGCCGUAGAGAGCACAACCUACUCUGGGUACACAACGGAGAACCUGGUCCAGAAGAUUGGAGAGAGAGGGAUCCAUUUCUCAAUUAUUUCUCCCCGGAAGCUGCCAGCCCUGAGGACACUUUUUGAGAAAGCCAUGCCAGUAGGUAGUAUGAUGGAGCCACAGCCCAAGGACUAUAGUCAGGACCCUCGACACAUGAUACUUAUUCGAGGAAUGGUCCUUCCAGUUGGGGGAGCAUCCACAACACCUGGGGUUGUACCUAUAAAACAACCUAUUCCCCAACCACAGCUCCCUGUGGUGCCAUCUCAGCUCCCAAGUGCCCCUGCUCACCAGCUGCCACAAGUCCAGGCUUCAUACAUGCAUCCUUCUCAGACAAGCACGCUGACACCUGCACAGCUUGCUGCCCAGUCAGCAGUUGAAGCUGCCAAGAUACAGAAGAGCAAUAUCCAGAAUCGAUUUCCUGGACUGGGAGCCAUGCAGUCUACUCCAGCUGUUGGCCCACCAUUUAACCAGCCACCAGCUCCCACAAUGCCUCAAGGACAAGCAUCCAAGAUGGUUACCUCUGCAGCUUCUUUAAUAACAUCAUCUCCUCAGCCAAGUUUAGUCUCUACAGUAACCACAGGGCCCGGACCUACUCAGGGAAUGAUGACACAACAGACUGCGCAACAGCAGCCAGUCCCACAGCCAAUGCCUGGUACAGGAGCACCACCCGGUGUAGCAUCUCAACAAUCCACCGCGCCCCAGAUUGGGACAGCACAGCUACCCAAUACACAGCAGUCUGUCGCCAACAAAAUGCUUGCCUGGAGCGGUGUGCUGGAGUGGCAAGAAAAGCCUAAGCCCCCAUCUGUGGAUACCAAUGCCAAGCUAACACGUUCCCUUCCAUGCCAAGUGUAUGUCAACCCCGGAGAAAAUCUGAAAACUGAUCAGUGGCCUCAGAAGUUGAUCAUGCAGCUGAUCCCUCAGCAGUUAUUGACCACCUUAGGACCCUUAUUCAGAAACUCUCGCAUGGUGCAGUUCCACUUCACAAACAAGGAUCUGGAAUCUCUUAAAGGUCUCUACCGUAUCAUGGGUAAUGGUUUUGCUGGUUGUGUACAUUUUCCUCACACCACUCCAUGUGAAGUCCGGGUGCUGAUGCUGUUGUACUCCUCCAAGAAGAAGAUCUUCAUGGGUUUGAUACCAUACGAUCAGAGCGGCUUUGUCAAUGGUAUCCGACAAGUGAUCACCAAUCACAAGCAAGUGCAGAUGCAGAACCGGACUGCUAUGGGAGCAGGUCAGUCUAUGGGAGCAGGGCCUGUCCAAACCAACCCUCAGGGAUUUUUAUCCAAGCAACCUGGUCCUCUUCCGGUGACGCAGACUGUACCCCAGCAGAUGCCCGGGCAGCAGGUAACGCAAGGCAUGCCAUCUGUGAACCAGGUAACUAUGAUGGAUGAGCAGCAGAGAUCACAGAAUCUGUUACAAAUCAGAAUGCAGCAACAACAGGCGCCUCAGGGUCCCAACCAAGCACCUCAGCAGGCAACACAAGCUACAGUGCAAGCUCCUGGUCAGCCUCAGAACCCACAAGCUGGAACCAUGCUAAGACCCCAAAACCCUGGUGCCAACCCCCAACUCCGAAACCUACUGCUCAGCCAGCAGCCUCCACAGGCCACAGUUCCUCAAACCCAGCAGCCCAUGCACCACAUGCAGCAGGCAACACAAGGCAUGCUUCCUCACCAAGCGCUGGGGCAACAAAUGCCACAUCAGGCCCCUGGCCAGCCACAGUUGCAGAUCUCAGGGCAAUCUCUUAUGCAUCAGGCCCCAGCACAGCAAUGGGGCAAUCAAAUGGCACAGCGGGCACCCAUGCCAGGAGUCAUGAUGAAUGCAGGGCCUCGGGGGCCUGUCCCUCAACCAGGAUUACAACAAGUGCAGGCCCAAAGUGUCAUGGAAGAGGAUAUCUUGAUGGACCUUAUCUGAGAGUAGAGAACUGUGAAUCACCCCUCGUUCAGUCUCCAUGAAUAUUACUAGAGAAACUUUGGUACUCAUCUACCCCAUCACUCCUACACAACUGGCUGAUUCCUCUAGAGACCUUCAGAUCUACUCCAGAACACUUCUCCCAUAGGAAUUCUGUGUGCACUUCCAUCUCCUUCCACUGUGGGGCAGCACUCAGCCAGGUUGUUCCUGUUUUUUUCCUACUAAAACUCCAGUGAUUUGCCUUGGAUGAUGCAACAUGUGGUCUUCAGAACUGAACUCUUUUCACUUAUUUAACCCGUUUUUAUAACUUGGUGAAUAAAAAAUAACUCAUAAAAUGUAGCAUAACUCCUCAUGUCAUUAAAUGCAAUAACUGCUCCAAUAGUAAAAUAUUAAAACAAUUAUUUUA